GCCUCAACCGGGCCUGCUCAUACCCUUGCAGCGCCCCACAAAAGCUUGUAAUUUACCGUGGAGGGAAUACACAAGGUCCCGUAAUCCGUCCGGAAUGCUCCAUACAUUGACUCGGGCCCAGACAAAAUUUCAGCCUGACUUGGUCAUGCUUGUAUCCAGGUCAUUUUCAUUCAUUUUCACCGCUGGCCCUUCCUCAUCUCACAAGGUACAAGCUCAACUCCUGGCCACAUUCCUCAUCUCACACGGCAAACAUGGCGAAAAGCUCACGGGCAAGCACCAUCAAGAAGAACAACCAGCGGCUCAAGAAAAAUGUGUUUGGGCCGGUCGAGGCCGCGCGGGCGGAGCGUCUGUCUGCGAAGCUGCUCGCCCUCGCCGCCCAGCCCAAGCCGCAGAGGGAUGUUGAGAUGAACGAGGCGCCCACAGAUGAGUCUAAGGACACGGCCACGGAGAAGAUGGACACAGCGAUGGACGUCGAUGGCGCUAAGCCGGCAAGCAAGAAGCCGAACAGCAAGAGGAAGAGGGUGGAGAAACGGCGAGGGAAGAAGUCUUCGAUUGUCUUUCCGACCAGGGGCCCCAAGCGGAACAAAAAAUGAGGGAGCAGAAGCAGCAUUGAGUUACCGGGCCUGCCUGCCUGUGCCUGUGCAAACGUUACGAUAUCCGUAUGCAAAUACGGAAUACUCCGUACGCCAUACGGGAUUCCAACUCCGUGGCGUCUGCUUAUUCCCAAGCAGUGCUUCGGCGCCUUGCAGUGCUUGGCUCCUGCAGUUCAAGGGUCUUUGGUGGGGCCUCGGCGCAGGGAUAGGUUACUGCGGUCUUGGCUCGGAUCCCAUCUAAGUUAACUCACAUUCAAGCUCAAGCAAUGCAUGGGGGGUUAAUGAUACGAACGACCACAAUACACACUCUUUCCCUUUUGCAAAGCCGUUGUGUCAUCUA